GCUCAAGAAAUUUAUUCGUAGUCAGAGAAAAUAUCCAUGGAUCGACAUCCCUCGCCAUAUGCCAGAUGCGUUCUCUGAGAAGACUAGCCUUGCUUGCAGCUUUGAGCCAUUGUGGCUUCUGCGAUGAUGCUGACGUGACUGGAAGCCCACCUUUGGUGCGCAGAGAGGUGGCAAGGUCCGAUCGAGCCGACAGGACCUCCGCUGCUUUUGCGGAGGCGGGCACGGCUUCGGGCCAGGAGACUGCAGGGAUCUAUGGCGAAGCCAUGGACGAAGGCCUCUCGCGGUUCUUGGUGUCGAGCCAAGACUUGAGCGAGCAGAACUUGCAGAAGCUGGAGAUCCCGGUGGCCUUUGACAAUGGAUCCAAGAGCCUGGAACUGGGUCCUCGCGCCUCCACGCCCGAGCCAUUGCCGGACACGGCGGAGGGCCGGCUGAAGGCGGAGAUCACGGGCUUGGAAGAGCGGCUCUCCAACGUGAUGGAGGUUGCCAAGGUGGCUGAAGCAGCCGCCACCAAGGCGUCGGCACUGGUGGCUGCCCAGGAUUCCCAGCUGCACGCAGCGGACGAAAAGAUCCGUGAGCUGGAAGAAAAGGCGACCGAGAAUGAGAAGUAUCAGAAGGAGUUGGGCGAAGUCCGAGGAGACGUGAAAGACAUGAAGUCCGAGGUGAGAGAUUCCAUCGAAGAAGCCAAGAACAUCUCCAACAUGACCCAGAUGCGGGUGGUCGCCGAGCUGGAAGGUGUGGAAGCACGGCAGCACAACGCGGAGGGAGUGAUCAAGGACAUCGAAGGCAAAGUCAUCGAGUUCGGCACUGCAGCAGUGCAAGCGGAACGAGCUGCAGAUGCAGCGGAAGAGGGGGCCGAGAGGUCGAAGAACGCGACCAACCUUCUGAAAGCGAGACAGGCCCAUAUGAAGUACGAGGUGGACGAUUUGAGCUCCUCGAUGGAGGAGAUGGAGAGGGAGCAGAACAUCACGCGGAAGGUGGAAAACGUACUGCUGGGCAGAACUGCGAAUCUCGAUAAGAUUGUCUCCCGAAUCGACAGCGCUCUCAAGAACUUCAACGGCAGUAUCAGCUCUGCUGUGGACCAAGCCGCCGGAGCUUCUCGCCUGGCCCGGGAGGCCAAGGAGGAGGCGGACGAUGCCCUGGACGACGUGGAGUCUGCCGGGCAGACGCCAGGUCCACCGGGCCCUCCAGGCUCGGGCUUCUCCGGAGGCUACACUCGCUCAAGCUACAGCAGCUAUGCGGCGCCGGGGCCCCCGGGGCCGCCUGGCCCCCCGGGCCCCCCUGGCGAUGGCAGCCAGGCGCCUGCCCCGGGCCCUCCUGGGCCACCGGGCGCUAUGUCCUCGCCCUCGCCACCCACGCCGGUCAUUGUGACGG